CCUUCCACCAACACCAAUGCCUACCUGGAAGGAAAACCAUCCCCAACCGAACUCCCCGGUCCAAAUCCACCACCAUUCCCUUCCACCCGCUCCCCGGCGAGCGCGAGCACCCCUCGUCGCCUGCCGGCAAUGGGCAACUGCUGCCCGGGGUCGAAGGACGCCGAUCCUUCGGACGGCGGCAACCCCGGCGAGGGCAGCUCCAACAACGCGCCUUCCGCCUCGGGGUCAGCAUCCUCUGCUCCGGCCCAGAACAAGCCGCCGGCGCCCAUCGGGCCGGUGCUUGGCCGGCCCAUGGAGGACGUGAAGAGCAUCUACAACGUCGGGAAAGAGCUCGGCCGCGGCCAGUUCGGGGUCACCUCGCUGUGCACGCACAAGGCGACGGGCCACAAGUUCGCGUGCAAGACCAUCAGCAAGCGGAAGCUGUCCACCAAGGAGGACGUGGAGGACGUCCGGCGCGAGGUGCAGAUCAUGUACCAUCUGGCCGGCCAGCCCGGCGUGGUGGAGCUCAAGGGCGCCUACGAGGACAAGCACUCGGUGCACCUGGUCAUGGAGCUCUGCGCCGGCGGGGAGCUCUUCGACCGGAUCAUCGCCAAGGGACACUACACGGAGCGCGCCGCGGCUGCGUUGCUGCGCACCAUUGUGGAGAUCAUCCAUACCUGCCACUGCAUGGGCGUCAUCCACCGCGACCUCAAGCCCGAGAACUUCCUCCUGCUCAACAAGGACGAGAACGCGCCGCUCAAGGCCACCGAUUUCGGCCUCUCCGUCUUCUUCAAAGAAGGGGAGGUGUUCAGGGACAUCGUGGGCAGCGCGUACUACAUCGCGCCGGAGGUGCUGAAGCGGAACUACGGGCCGGAGGCGGACAUCUGGAGCGUCGGCGUCAUGUUCUACAUCCUGCUCUGCGGCGUCCCGCCCUUCUGGGCAGAGUCGGAGCACGGCAUCUUCAACUCCAUCCUGAGAGGGCAGGUGGACUUCGCCAGCGAUCCGUGGUCGCGCAUCUCCAGCGGCGCCAAGGACCUCGUCAGGAAGAUGCUCACCUCCGACCCCAAGAAGAGGAUUUCUGCCUACGACGUCCUCAAUCACCCGUGGAUAAAGGAAGACGGCGAGGCGCCUGACACGCCGCUGGACAACGCCGUACUCGGCAGGCUCAAGCAGUUCACGGCCAUGAACCAGUUCAAGAAGGCGGCGCUGAGGGUGAUCGCCGGGUGCUUGUCAGAGGAGGAGAUCAAAGGGCUCAAGGAGAUGUUCAAGGGAAUGGACUCUGACAACAGCGGCACCAUCACCGUCGACGAGCUCCGGAAAGGGCUGGCCAAGAAGGGGACCAAGCUCACCGAAGCUGAAGUCCAGCAGCUAAUGGAAGCCGCGGACGCGGACGGGAACGGGACGAUCGACUACGAGGAGUUCAUCACGGCGACGAUGCACAUGAACAGGAUGGACCGGGAGGAGCACCUCUACACGGCGUUCCAAUACUUCGACAAGGACAACAGCGGGUAUAUCACGAUAGAGGAGCUGGAGCAGGCCCUGAGGGAGAAGGGGUUGCUGGACGGCCGGGAUAUCAAGGACAUCAUAUCGGAGGUGGACGGCGACAACGACGGAAGGAUCAACUACACGGAGUUCGUGGCGAUGAUGAGGAAAGGGACCCCGGAGGCGAACCCAAAGAAGCGGCGCGACGUCGUGCUAUAGAGUGGUGUCGUAGAGGGAUCGAGCAGGAAAAGGAAACGGAAAACGGAUUGCGUGCGCGGGGUUGGUAGAAAAGGGGUUUCUUUCGGGGGGUUGGAAGAGCGCGUCUUGUACAUUUUGUAACAUUAAUAUAGUGGCGGGGCAGGGAGGCUGUGGGGGAGUCGAAAUGUAAGCCUUGUGAUUGAGAUCGAGUGAUCGAUGGGUGCGUAGCCGUGCGGUGGGUUGUAUGUAAACUGUUUACUUACUCAGCUGUAUAAUUAAUACUAGAAGUGUCCAUACUUUUUGCUGCUGCUACUAA